GUUAUCCACUCCUACCUAUAUUGGUCUUUCCUUCCCGUCGUUUGCGAAAUCAUUGACGCGCUUACUCAUGCUAGGGAGCAUGUGGAAUGAUAUCAGACUACGACAAGAUCAGGCACGAUUGGUAUAAAAGCUGACUCACGACGUACAAUUCUCCCCAAAAAAUUCUUUCCUUUAUACACCCACAAUCUCGAAACAUGGUCCAACCCGAAUCUGAGAUCAAGCUAGAAUACGACUCGAAAGGCAUGCCAUUCAGGCGCCUUGGACCUAGCGGUCUGCGAGUACCUCUAUUCUCUUACGGAGGAUGGCUUACACUCGGGCAAAGUGUGGUGGGGGACCCAUGCAAGGAAAUCAUAAAGACUGCAUUCGAGAAUGGAAUCAACAUGUUUGAUACGGCAGAGGCGUAUAACAAGGGUGAAUGUGAGAAGGAACUCGGUCGUGUCUUCAAAGAAUUAGGCCUCCGACGUACUGACCUUGUCAUUACAACUAAACUGUUCUGGGGUGUUCGAGCAGGACCGAAUGCUGGCGGGCUGUCUCGGAAACAUAUCAUCGAAGGCACUCAAGAGUCUCUUGCACGCCUCCAAGUUGAGUAUGUUGAUGUUAUCUUUGCUCACCGAUGCGACGUGAACGUUCCGAUGGAAGAAAUUGUUCGUGCAUUCAACUACGUAAUCGAUAAAGGCUGGGCAUUCUAUUGGGGAACUUCGGAAUGGACGGCUCAGCAGCUCGAGGAGGCUUACCACGUUGCGAACAAGUUGGGGCUUGUAGGACCUGUCUCCGAACAAUGCCAGCAUCAUAUGUUCCAUCGUGACCGUGCCGAGAAAGAAUAUGCCCCGAUCUAUAAAAAGUACCACCUCGGCAACACGGUUUUCUCCCCGCUCGCGAGUGGCUUACUCACCGGCAAGUACAACGACGGUAUACCCAAGGGAUCGCGUUUCGAUGUCGAAAAGGACUUUUUCUCUUCAACAAUUAAAGCUCUUCAGUCCCCAGAAGGACAAGAGAAAAUCCGGAAAGUUAAGGAGUUGACCAAGUUGGCAAAGGAAGAACUGGAUACAACUCCGGGGAACCUAGCCCUCGCAUGGGUCGCUAAAAAUCCCAAUACAUCUACUGUCAUUCUCGGUGCUACGAAACCAGAGCAGCUUCUAGAAAACCUCAAAGCUCUUAAAGUCAUACCUAAACUAACUCCGGAGAUCAUAAAGAAGAUUGAGAAGAUUUUGGAUAACAAGCCGGAAAGUCAUCCAACAUACGGAAGACCUGCGCUUGACGAGUUUGGAAAGCAUUUGUAUUGAGUGUGUGAGGAGGAGAUACGGAUGCCUGUUUUUUUGAAAACGAGAAAGUCGCCGACUGUAACAUUAUAACAUAGGAAAAAUCGUCAAUGGAUAUAACGGGUGCAGCACCGUUCAUUGCAAGGAU